AUGGGAAAAGACCACCACAGCACGUCAGCGUCUUGGGUUUUGUACAAAAGCCCUUUACUCUAUUUGUUACUUGCCCAUCAGCCAAGGUUUCGUCCUUAUCCAGACACGUGCCAUAGCAGAAUGAAGCAAUUAUUACUGUCGUUGGUGUUACUCCUGCCUCUAUGUCUAGCCAUACGAGAACAAUCCAUAGCAGUGAAAGGACGGCUCCUUUGUGGUGACCAACCAGCAGCAAAUGUUAGGGUGAAGCUGUGGGAAGAAGACUCCGGACCAGACCCAGACGAUCUGCUCGAAGCAGGAUAUACUGACGCUAAUGGUGAAUUCCAACUUCAAGGUGGAACUGUUGAAACAACCCCUAUCGAUCCGGUGCUGAAGGUCUACCACGACUGCAACGAUGUUACCGGUUUUCUCGGUGUACCGAAGCCUGGCAGCAGGAAAGUCAAAUUUUCUCUGCCUGAUAAGUAUAUCAGUGAAGGAAUGGUUCCACAGAAAGUUAUGGACAUAGGAACCAUCAACCUUGAGAUAGAAUUCCAAGGAGAAGAAAGAGAAUUUAUUGUUGACUAAUCUCUCAUUUAUGUGCACUUGCCAUUGCUUAUUUUUGGUCGUAACCUUCUAUGCCUGUACAUAAUCAAGUUUGAUUGUAAA